CUGACCACAGCACCGAGGCUUCCGUUCUACUUUUAUUUUGCACUGGUCACCACCUAUGUCCUCGUACUGAUGCACAUUAGUCAGGACCACAUCUACAGAGUUCAGGAGCCUGAGACUGACUUAUCGGAGGUGGAGAGAGAGAGGUGCGGCAAGAGGUGUCCCGUGGUGGGCCUGGAGACCAUCGAGCAGUACAGAGCCUAUCUCCACCACACCGAGACUAACUGCUCGACUCUAGUACAAUUUGGGGGCUGGGUACCCGCUCCCGGUGACGGAGCCAAGUAUGUGUGUCUGGACAAGAGGUUCAACAUUAAGCCCGGCAACUGUACCGUCUUCUCCUUCGGUGUCAACAACGAGUGGUCCUUUGAGGACGAUUUUGCCAUAUAUGGCUGCAAGGUGUACGCAUUCGACCCCACCAUGGGUAAGGAGGAUCACCAACGGUCCGCCAACGUUCGCUUCCAGGCCGUGGGCAUCGCUAACUACAAGGGCACAAAGAAGAUUGGUAUGGACUUCAGUUACGCUAUUCAAAAGGUGGAUCGCUUCGAGAACUUGGUGAACCAGCUGGGACUCGCGGGUCAGGUGAUCGACUACGUGAAGCUGGACGUGGAGCUGUCGGAGGUGGACUUCCUGCAGGAUAUGCUCCUUAACUCUCCACACGUCCUCAGGAACAUCAAGCAGAUCGCUAUGGAAGUUCAUGAUGACUAUUUCGAAGGAGACCUGAGCCAGACGAGCAAACAGCAGGUGUUCUGGCCCUACUUCAUGCUGCUCAAGUGUCAAGACUUCCGACUGAUCCAUUCCCGAACUAAUCAUGGACGGUGGCGGGAGGUGGUGUGGGCCCGGGAGGUCGACUGGUAG